UGCUGGUGCUGGUGAGAUUUAAAUCAUUGAGGUCAGCGCUUGGUAGUCUGUCGAGAUCAAAUGAAAUUAAGUGAAAAGUGUUUGGUGAGCAACUCUAUCAACACCAUCAUUUCUAGCUCAACUUCCAUGCAACAACUUCCUACCCAUCUCCAUAUUUAAAAGUCCACACCAAUCCCCUUCCUCCUUCAGCCAGCGAAAAUGGCCAGCAAGAAACCACAGGAAGAUCAACGUGCCGGUGCAGAGAUCAUCCACGGCGCCGAGGAGUGCUACAACCACUCGCUGACACUCCUCAAUGACCUCGGAUUCCCCAAAGGCGUGCUGCCCCUCAAGGACCUGGAAGAGUGCGGCUUGGUGCGCGGAACACGGUUUGUGUGGAUGAAGCAGAAGGCCCCCUACGAGCAUUUCUUUGCGGGCACGAACACCCUGGUGAGGUACGACACCGAGGUGACUGCGUACGUGGAGAAGGGGAAGAUGAAGAAGAUGACAGGUGUGAAGAGCAAGCAGCUGUUUCUGUGGGUGCCCAUUGUUGAGAUGAGCAUUGAGGAAAGUAGUGGGGGGGUGGACAGGAUUUACUUCAAGACUCCAAUGGGGGUGGGGAAGUCUUUUCCGAUCACCGCUUUCAUGGAUGCUGAUGAAGAAGAAGAAAAGGAGAAGGAGAAGCACUUGGAUACAGUUGCCGAGUAGAUUUGAUUGAUUGAUUGAUUGAACGAACAAAUUCUUCACCACUUUCUUGUCUUGUUUCAUUUCACGUGGGAAGGAAUUUACCUCUUACUUUGUUGUUGCUGUUACAUUCAUUUGGCAAAUGCUGCAGAUGUCUUAAAAAAUAUGUACUUGUAUAUUUCUCAGCUGCCAGUUGGGGCCCCGAUGAUGAUAUCCAAAAACUAGGG